CAAACAGAGCUUUGUAAAAACUGUUACAUUUAGGCAAAGAAGAACUUAGAAAGAUAUAAAUAUUGCACUCUUGGAAGAACCUGCUAUCAGCUGUGUGGAAAACUAGAAUCAUGUCGAGCUUGAAAGUGACAGACCCAGCAAUGCAUCAAUCGCUGCGCUCUGUGUUCAUGGAAAACAUUCCAUAUGAGGCAACUGAGGAGCAGUUAAAGGACAUUUUGUCCGAGGUUGGCCCCGUGGCCAGUUUCCGGCUGGUCUUUGAUAAAGAGACAGGCAAGCCCAAGGGUUAUGGCUUCUGUGAGUACCAAGACCAGGAGAUCGCACUUAGUGCCAUGCGGAACUUCAAUGGGUGUGAGGUCAGUGGGAGAGUGCUUCGGGUGGACAAUGCUGCCACUGAAAACAAUAAGGAGGAGUUAAAGAGUGUAGGGCCUGAAGGGCCCAUCGCUGACUCUCCUUAUGGGGAUCCUAUCAAUCCAGAAGGUGUUAAAUCUACUACCGGAGCAGUGGCCAGUCUUCCUCCAGAGCAGAUGAUAGAGCUGAUGAAGCAGAUGAAGCGAUGUGUGGAAAACAGUCACCAGGAAGCUUGAAACAUGUUACUUCAAAGCCCACAGUUGUCAUAUGCUCUGCUGCAGGCACUAGUGGUCAUGAGCAUCAUAGAUCCUGAGACUACCGGGAAAAUUCUACAUUGCAAGAUACGUGCCACUCCACAGAUCCCAGGCAAAUCUCAGUCUGUCUCUGGCCCUGGUCUUGUUUCUGGCCCUGGCCCUCGACUUUGCCCAGGACCCAAUGAUCUGUUGAACCAACAGAAUCCUCCAGCCCGUUGGCCUCAGCGUUUGGCAAAAAAAUCCAGGAAAGACAUUCCUCCUCUGAUGCAGACUUCUAUCCAGGGUGGAAUUCCAGCUCCGGGGCCAGUAGCAGCUACAGUUCCUGGACCUGGACCAGGUUCCUUAACUCCUGGAGGGGUAGUGAAGCCACAAGUUGGAAUGCCAGAUGUUGGCCUGGUCCCUGGACAAGGGCAGAUGGCAGAUCCUAGAGCUCCUAUAUUUCAUGGCCCCAAGACUCCUGCUGGCCUAUCUCCUUGAGGACUAUUAGGAGAUGUUCCAAAUGACCCAAAUGGAAGGACUUUGCUUUCCACUACUAGAGAAGUAGAACCCAGAUGUUACCUGGGUCCACCCCAUCAGGGUCCUCCUAUACACCAUGCCUCUGGUCAUGAUAACCGUGGCCCUUCUGUGCAUGAUAGGAGAGGAGGAAAAGAGUCUGGAGUGAUGGAAACUGAGGUUUUAGAGUCCCGAGUAAUGGAACAAAGAGGAAUGGAGACCCGUGCUGUGGAAACCAGAGGGAUGGAAGCAAUAGGCAUGGAUGCAAGAGGAUUAGAAAUACAGGGCCCAGGACGUAGUUCUAGAGGCCCUAUGACUGGUGGAAUCCAGGGACCUGGUCCCAUUAAUAUAGGGGCAAGUGGCCCUCAGGAACAUAGACAGGUCCCAAGCAUAUCAGGAGUGGGGAAUCCUGGAAGUGGUAUGCAGGGGGCAGGCAUGCAGGGGGCAGGCAUGCAGGGAGCAAGCAUACAGGGGGCAGGCAUGCAGGGAGCAAGCAUACAGGGGGCAGGCAUGCAGGGAGCGAGCAUACAGGGGGCAGGUAUGCAGGGGGCAGGCAAGCAAGGCGGAGGCCAGCCUAGCAGUGUUAGUCCUGGGCAGAGCCAGGUAACUCCACAGGAUCAAGAAAAAGCAGCUUUGAUCAUGCAGGUUCUCCAACUGACUGAAGAUCAGAUUGCCAUGCUGCCCCCAGAGCACAGGCAGAGUAUGCUGAAUUUAAAAGAACAGCUCCAGAAAUCCACUGGAGCUUCUUGAAAGGUUUUAGAAAGUAUUUGGCUAUAGUCUCAUAAAGUUGAUGCUGUAGUGUAGAAACUCUACAGUGUAGAAUAUGAGAGUGGAAAGUUACCUUCUGCAUCCCCAAGCUUUAUUGAUGAGUUCCCCUCUUAGAACCUAAUCUCAUUUCUUGUUUUUUCAUUUUUUAUUUUUAAUUGAGGGUAAAAGGGAGAGGGAGUUGGUCUGUUCAUAUCGUCACUGUACAUAUGCAAAAAUAACGCUGAAAAUGAUUAAUUAUGCUAAAUGAGAUUACAAAGUAUGAAGCACUAUUGAAAUGUCUAGAAUACGUUAGUUACAUUUUUAAAAAUUGAAUAAAACUGUGAAAACUGCACUUAAAGACUAAAAAGUGACUUGUUAAAAUGCUAAUGUACUAAGUUUUAAGAAUAUUUGGUUAUGUAACAGAAAUUCACCACAAAGUUACUUUGGUAAACCAUUUAAUGUACAAAAUCUUAUUUUAGAGGUAAUAGACUGCUCUAUUAUAUUAAACAUUGUUUUAGUUCUUUUGGAAUAAUUUUGAAAUGUUACACCUCACAGAAUGAGUAAAUUGGUGAUACUAGUGUUGUUCUUUAGCGGCUAUGCCACUUAAAAAAUCAGGGACUCUCUCUGGCUUGAUGUUGCUUCAUGUACCUCACUUUUUAUGGGCUAGCAAUAAUUCUGGCCUGGUCCUUACUGUAAUAAUUUUGUUGGAAUAGUUGUAGGGUAAUCCCAAGUUUUACUUAAGUUUCCUCUGAAGAGAUCUAAUAAUCUCUCAUACCUUUCUAUUUUUUGGAACUCUUUAAGCCCUAAAUUUGACUCUGAGAGUUCUCUCAGAUCCUUGGCAAAAAUCAGUGUCAAAGGACCUUUUGAUCUGAAUGAGAUACACAUGGCAGUGGGCUGUUCAUGAGUAAUAGAAAAUCUCACUCAGUUAAGUUCCAACUUCCUAGUAACUAGCACCCAUAUAUAGGGUGUCCAUUUGGUCAAUUAGUAUCAGGAUUUUAAAAAAUCUUACACUAAAAGGACAAAGUAGUAGAAAAAUUUUGUUAUGUUUGAAUAGUAGUAUGUAAAUAUUACAUACAAUAUAUAACUCUUUUUCAAUAAAGAAAGAACUUAGAAAAAGCAUAGCAAGCCUUACUAAGAAUGGAAAUAAGAAAACUUAUGUAUGAAGUAUCUAAAAAUGUGUAGGCACUUAUUUGCAAAUUUCUUUUUGAUACAUUGUAAGAAUAAAAAUGAUAAUGGUGAUGGUUCUCCCAGACUUUGCUUCCUGGUCAUCUGGGAUGUUAAGGGCACAAUGAUGAACACAUAUGAUCCAUGUUCUGUUGCUGCAGAAUGUCCCCCUCCUAGACUUCCCCUUGGCUGGUUUCUUCUUCUUUAGCUACCAGCUGCAAUGUCACACUGAGAAAAGUUUUCUCUGACUACAGGAUUCUAUUCCCACCUCCACCCCAUCCUACAAACUCCCUCAAUAUUCUCUAAUAGACUCCUGCUUUCUUUAUAUGAAGCACUUACAGUGACAUAAGUGUUUCAUGUUUACCUGUUUUUCUGUUCUAUCAGUAUAACCUACUCCCUCACCUGGCUUAUUUGCUCUUUAACUACCCAAUACAUAUUGGACAUACAAUCACAGGAAUCUAUUCAAGAUCAAAACUUUGAAAAUGUCAUCAAGACCAUAAAUAACAAAUCACCAUGUUCUUAUAGACUUUUUUCAUUAAUAGUUUACGGAAUCCCACCAUAGUCCAAAUUAGAAAUCUAUAUCCCCCACCUUCCAGCUGUAUUAUUAUUAUUAUUUUUUGAGACAGGGUCUCACUGUG